GCCCUGUCCCAAAUCACACGUACUUAAAGAAUGUCACACUUUUACUUUGACGCCACAGGAAUUUUAUUUGUUUUAUGUAGAAUGUGGAUGUGCGUAUUUUGGGACUUGGUGGAGCGAGAGAGACUAAGGGAGGGCUACUUCAACGUGUUAGCGGUGGUUCUACGAUCAAACAACGAAUCCCCCUGGACCGAUGAGUUCAACAAAAUCGAAUUAUCUUGUUUGAUUGAGUCCAUUUCGACGCUAAACCCCAGGAUAGAAUGGAAGAAGAUCAAGAAUGAAGGGCCUAGUUAUGUGUAUUUUGACAAGAAGGUGUCUGGUGAUUUGGAGAACAGAGCAGUUAUCCGAGAACCAGCCACAUUAGUGAUCACCAACGCAACCAGGUCAGACACGGCCAAAUACAGGUGUGAAGUGACCGCCCCUGAUGACCAGAAGUCCUUUGAUGAGAUUGUGAUUGACCUGACUGUAAGAGUGAAACCGGUCACACCCAAAUGCAGCGUCCCAAAAUCAGUGCCCGUUGGAAAAUCGGCCGAGCUGAGCUGUGUGGAAGAAGAAGGAUUCCCCAAGUCUCAGUACCAAUGGUUCAAAAACAAAGAGGAGAUCCCAGACGACCCCAAAGCCAGCCUCAAGUUCUUCAACUCCUCGUACACGCUCAACACAGACACAGGAACGCUGAAUUUUCUUACGGUGAGAAAAGAAGACGCAGGUGAAUACUCCUGCAGAGCGAAGAAUGAUGCAGGUUAUGAAGAGUGUCCAGCUCAAACAAUGGAAGUCUAUGACAUUGAUAUUUUGGGAAUAAUCUUGGGCGUGUUGGUGGUAGUGGUGGUGCUUCUGUGUAUAACAGUAGGAAUCUGCUGUGCGUACAAAAAAGGCUAUUUCUCUGGACAGAAACAAGCAGGAAACAAUUACAAAGUUCCAUCAAAAGGAGACGGAGUGGACUAUGUCAGGACAGAUGAUGAGGGAGAUUUCCGACACAAAUCCUCGUUUGUGAUCUGAAAAGUCUGAGAUCUGAAUUCGACUAUGUGCUGAGUUAGAGACAUGAGUAUACAGUGGAAGGAGCCAGUACACUUCAUGCUCACGGCACCACGGAAACUACUACAACUACUCAAGUUUGCCAAAGGUGACCACAGUUAAUCCAGAUUUCACGGGACAAAGUCAAGAAGCAAAUAUGGACUUUUAUUUGUUAUCAUUUUAAGUUAAAAGUGUUUUUUUCUUUGCAUGGUUUUCAAUGAUUCUACAAUAUUCUGCCAAGUUUGAAAAAGGACAACUCAACCUAUCAUUUCUACCUUCGCCGUUUGUAUAACAUUUCUUUUCUACUGUUGAAAAUUUGUCAGACUAUUUUUGAUGGAAUAUAUUUUAAAAUGCCUAUAGAUAAAGGUUUACUUUUUUAAAUAUUUGUAAAUUACUAACAUGUGUUUUUCUUUUUUUUUAUUUUGGUUGUGGGUAAAAAAAUGUAUUACACUUUAACCACUUUGGUGAGAAUUUACACCUUUGCAAUGGAUUGAAAGAAAGGGUUUGACAAAUGAAAUCGGACUUGUAUUAGCAUAUCAAGAGAUUCUUGAUGGGUGGUCUUACAUUGAGUAUUAGAUAUAAUUUCUCAGCUGGGCGGGAGAUGCCCAGUGUUAUUGAUACUUUGCAAUGACAUCAGGCUGGGGGGGCCUGUAUGUAUGUCUACAGAGGAAUGUUCAGCAGUUACGAUGGAGAGUCAAGGAACACAUUAGCAAAUACAGCCUGAUAAGUUUUUAGAUUGUUUGAGAACUCAAAAAAAAAAAAAAACCUUAAGAUUUCAUGGUCCCAGUUAGGUGUUUUCAACCAAAAAAAAAAAGUAAGAAUAUGGUAGACAGAGACAUGCACACCCAACUAGAAUUGCGACUGCGUGCUGCGUCCAAAGAUAAAAAUUGUGCAAAAGAAGAAAAAUUUGUACUGCACCUCUUUGUAGCUCCCAAAUUUUUAUUUCAAUGACACCACAAUAUGACAUUUCAGGUCAAGCCCUCACGUUGUGCUGCCACUGAAAUAAAAAUUUGGGAGCUUCAAAGAACUUCAGUGCGGAUCUAUUUAGUUCUUUUGCACAAUUUUUGUCUUUGGAUCCAGCACGCAGUUGCAGUUUUUAUUGGAUGUGCAUGUAUCUCUACCAUAUUGUUACCUUUUCUUGUAGAAAGCACCUAAUUGGGACCAUGAAAACUUAAAAAGUUGGCAGUGACUAACUGAAAAACAGUUUUCUAAUUAUUUUUAUUUAAGAGGGAUUUAUUUAACUGCACAAAUCAGCUCACCCGUUCUUUAUGGUCGAAUUGAGAGCUCAGGUUAACUUGAGUCGUAGAUCUUCAGACAGAGCAAUUCCUCCAGUUAGCUUCACCUCCAGCAUUGGUGACAUCCGCUGCAAAGAAUCAAUAGUGAGUUAGACUUCCAUGUCGAUGUUUGUAGAUAGUCUUAGUACCAGGCUUUGAUGAGUGCCAGUCAAAUGCUGUGAAACACUGUACACAAGAGUGCUGCGUUUUGAUUUACGUAAGUGUCCUUCUAUGCUUGCUGUUGAUCUUGUAUAUAUGAAGUUACUGUCCAGGAUAACAGACAGUGUUGGGAAGAAUACUAAUACUCAAUACUCAAUACCUGCAUUAAAAUGUAUUUUGUACCAUAUUUCCAAUAUUGGGCCAUUCAGAGUACUGUAUUCUGAAUACUUUGAAUAUGUUCACAUCAUAGACUGUAUAAAGAAGUGGACUGAGGGAGUGUGACAUCACCCAUAAUGUUCAGCUCAAAUGAAGCUUAUGAGGCCAGCAGUUAUAAGGGCGAAUGUGCAACAGGCUCUAGUCACGCUUGUGUCACAAACCAAGAAGACGUUUGGAAAGAUGCGCUGACAACUUCAGGUGUACCUACCCAAGUAAAUGUCAUCAGCGGUAAAAUGAAAGUUGUGUAUCAGUGGCUAAAACUGAGGGAUGGUUAUAAUUAUUGACUGGCCAAACAUAACAGAAUGCUACAGUGACAUUUAGAUAAAGAAAAGUGGGCCAUUUUCAAAUUUUUCAUAGAUUUUGCAUGACUUACUACUGCAAAGUUGUUAUCACAUGUUUCCAAACGUCUUUCUGGUUUGUGACGUAAGUGUGUAUAGAGCCUAUUGGAGCCAGAGUCGAUGGAUCCGGAAACGCCCCCAUGUUCACUUCCUAUUUUAAACUCGGCGGCUAGUAGUUUAGCUUUGUCCAUUUAUGUUCACAGUCUAUGUUUCACGGUGAGUUAAAUUAUAUUAUAGUGUAAAAAAAAACAUGACUAGGAUUUUCUUUGCUGCUUGCUGCACCACAAGAGCUGUAUUUUCUCUUUUCAUGCUGUGCAGUUUGGACUAAAAUGUGUGAUCAGGUAAUGAAUUCCUUUGAUUUUAGUAAAUGAAAUGAAUGAGCAACUGUAUCUGAACAGUACAGUUAGCCUAUUCAAAAUGAUCAUUCUGAAUAUGUAUUUUUCGUACAUGUUUUUAGUUACUUCCCAACACUGAAUAUAGUUGUGCCGUCAUACACAAUGUUCAGUAUUACACUCAGAAAUGUUAAUACAGGGUUUGGAAGUUAACCCUCCAGAUCAGAAAACUAUUUAGAUUUUUUUUUUCUAACUCAAGUCUCAAGGGGUCAGCAAAGGAACACUGUGAUUCAUAAGGGCUUUGUUCCUCAAUGUAUAGAGCAUUUACCCCAGAAUUAGUUAAGUGUCAGUUGUAAUCCAGGUGUGGACAUGAUUGCGAGAUAGGGCUAACAUUAGCGGUAACAGUGGUAAGAAAACUGACAUACUACUAUAGGUACCAAACAAGAAUUUUAUAUUUACUUUCUGUUUUAAAAGUGACAGUAUUUGAUCUCUGACUUAGAUCCUGGUUGUUUUUCGUAUGUUUACAUGAAUUUGCUAACACGUGCUUAUACUAAACCUAGCGUAGUUUUCUUUUAGUGUUGUGGUUUGACUGAAGCUUCUAAUGUCCUCAUUCCUCCAGGCAAACCAAUAAAGUUUUUUCCAAACAGAGGUGGGUGGACAAAAAAAAGAGUAACAUUAUACUUUAAAAUAAUAUUACUUUAGGAAAUUGGCCUAGUAAAAAAGUAUUUGGUGAAUCUACUCCUCAAGAGUAACUGUCUGGACAUAAAAUCCGAUUUAUAAUUUGAAGUUAAUGUAAUGCGAAGGACAAAACUUUAAAUAAUAAACAGGCCAGUAUACAAAGGUCAUGCAUAAAAAACUAAAUAAGAUCUGAAGGAAGUGAUGCAACAAGUACAAAUGUACAACUGAUUUAAAUAAAGUUUUUUUCACUUGUGGACUUGCUGGUAAGAGUAAGCAACACUAUCAAAUAUAAAACGCAAGUAGAAGUAAAAGUAUGGUGUCUGAAAAUUACCACAAGAACAACAAUAUUAGUAGAAAUGAAGUAUUUCAAGUCUUUCCCACCUCUGUUUUCCAAUAAGCUGAUCGCCAUGGAGACAUACUGCAUAUUAUGGGGUCUGGAGGGUUAACAUUGUACUGAUUGUAUAUAGACUUUCUCUGAAGAUUAUGUAAAGUUGUGAGAAUUGUACAAUUUUGUGUGUUUUGAGGCGAUAUGAAACUCUUUCCAUUUGACUGAAUAGAGGAGGUAACAUUUUAGAUUUCAAAAUGGUUGUCAUGAUGAUAUUUAAAGUGGAACUAAACACAAAAUCUACUUUUUUUUUGCUACUUAGUGCUGUAUAUGGUGUGUAAAUAGUACUGAUCUUAGUCAUUAGUCACAACCACAUGGCUACGGGGCGAAGUUUUAAGUGUGGUUACCUGUUUGACCAAUCACGCCAUUCUAGUACCCACUGACCCCGCCCCCUCUCGUGAAAUGUGGUUGUGUUUAGUCCCACUUUAAAUCUGUGACAACUUUCUGUAGGCUGGUUGGUUGAAAUGUUCCCCAUUGUCAUAUUUGGUAGAGACGAUCUGCCCAACAUUUGCACAUAGGAAGUUUUUGACACAGCAGUUUUACUAAGACAGAACCAAGAGUUGUAUUCAAAAGUGCUCAAAAAAGUGUGUUUUGAGAGUAAAAAUACAAGUUAUCUUGUCCUUUCAUUUGUCCAAAUCUCAUUCCUCUUAAGUGCCUUCUUCACUGGAUUAAAAAACAACAACUAUUUGCUCCUAUUUUUUCCCAUACGUUUAAAAAUUACAUUCAUUUAAAACCAACAAGUUUGGCGUUUGAGAGGAAUGACGUCACCGCAAGCUUCCACUUCCCUUCUUUACAUAUCUGCAAACUUGUAAAUAAUUGUUUUUCAUAGAUUUGACUAUGUAGACAUAUUGAAGUCGUAUAGAGGUUUAUUAGUGCCUAAAUAUAGUGGGGAAUAUUUUUGGUAAAGACACAUUAGACACUAUUAGGCAUUACGUGUGCACCCAAAGCAGGUAUACAGUAAAUCUGGUUUAUUCUUGUGGAAAGACAAACUAUUAUAUAUAAAAAAAAAAUAGGUUGUGUUCAUGUUGUCGAAUUUGCUUAUCUUCUUACAUUCUACAAUUUCAGAUGGUGGGCAAAGAUCAAUAUAACUCUAUGGAAGAUUUACUGUUUUUGGAAAAAAUAUCCAAAAUAGAAAUCAACAAAUGUUUGGGAUUGGGUCCACAUCCUUGUCUUCAAGUGCUGACAACAAUCACGUUUUUGGAGAGAAAUAAUGGCACCACUUUCUGAGGCCAUUGUGAAAAAAAAAAAAAAAUCACUUUUCUUUAUUUAUACUGACAGAGGAGAUACUGAACUUUGUGCCAGUCGUUGUUUCAUUUGGAUUAGUGCAGUAAUUACAGAUAUAUUUACCAUAAAUCAAGCUGUAAUCUGACAAAAACAGCAAAUUUUACCAUAGAGUUCUAACCUGCCCUCCAGCUCAAUGUUAAACUAUAGUCUAAUUCUAUUCUCGAAUUGUACGAUGUCACGUGAACCCAACCUAUUGUAGAGUUUUCAUAAAUCAGAACUGAUGCUUGGUGGUUCUUCUCAUUCACAUAGUCUUGUAUGUAAUUGGAUAAAACGUAACAGACCGAGGUGAUGGAUUAGUCGACUUUACAGUUUAAAUAUUAACAAAAGGAGAGAUAGAUAGUUUCCAGUGUUGCUCUGAGAUGAGUACACAGCUGAGAUAUCCACCAAUGCUGUUUUUUUUAUGAGAUUUUCUGAACCAAACUCACUCACAGUAGAAUGUCUGUUUAGGGCCUGCUGGGUUGUUGUUUUUUAUUGUUAAUUCUUGAAUCAUUCUCUUUGUGAUUAAUAAAAUUCACUUCUAAUAUUAAAA